UGCCCCUCGGGGGCACCCGUCGCGAGAACGGUUAUGUCUUCCCACCCGCCGCGCGUGAGGCGCAACGGCUCCCCAACGCCCGCCGCUGCCCCCCUGGGGGGAGGGGGAGCCGCGGCGGCGGCGGCUGUGCCGACGCCUGGCGGGGCGGCCGGAGCGGGGAACAGCAGCAGCAGCGGCAGCCGCCUCCAGCCUAUGCGGGCCACGGUGCCUUUCCAGCUGAAGCAGCACGGCAGCCCCACCAGGAACGGCGGCGGGGGAGGCAUUCCGCGCGCGGCGGUCGCGGCCCCUCAGCCUCCGCCGCCUCCCGCGCCGCCGCCUUCCUCGCGCACCGCCAGCCCGACGCGCCCAGCGGUGCUGGGGAACGGCAGCAGCCCCGCAGUAGCCACGCAGACGCCGGCGGGGGUGGCCGGCGGCGGCAGCAGCGCCUCCUCCUCGGCGUCGUCCACGGCGCGCGGCAGCCCCACGGGCGCGGGAGGGUCGCGGGGGAGCCCGCCUCGCGCUGCCCACCACCACCAGCUGCCGCCGCCGCCUCCGCCGCCUCCCCCCUCCUUGGCGGCGGCCUCGACCCCCUCGCCCUGCUCCUCGCCCGUCUCGCCGCCCCUGCCCGAGAGCAGCGCCUGCGCCUCGGCCUCCUCCUCCUCGGCGGGGGGAAGGAUCCGGCAUCGCCAGCGGCGGCGCUCCCCGGAGCAGAGCACCCGGGCCUCCCCCGAGAGGAAGAGCCCCAGCUCCCCGGUCUGCAAAGUUGAUAAACAACGGCCACCGUCGUCAAGCCCUUCCAGUGUUUCUCGCCGCACGCCUUCUCUAGACAUACUAGCUGCUCCCUACCUUGCUGGACAAUGGCCUCGUGAGAAUCACGGACAGGCAGCACCUUGCAUGAGAGACAAGGCUACACAGACUGAGAGUGCUUGGGCGGAAGAGUAUUUGGAAAAGAAGAAAGGCUCUCAUAAGCGUUCAGCAUCUUGGGGCAGUACAGACCAGCUCAAGGAGAUUGCCAAACUACGACAACAGCUGCAGCGGAGCAAACACAGCAGCAGGCACCAUCGCGAGAAGGAGCGGCAGUCCCCGUUCCAUGGCAAUCAUGCAGCCAUUAACCAAUGCCAGGCCCCCGUCCCAAAGAGCGUGCUCGUCCCUGUGAUACCAAUCACCAAGUCGACGGGUUCACGUUUCCGCAACAGCAUAGAGGGACUUAAUCAGGAGAUUGAAAUAAUCAUAAAGGAGACGGGAGAGAAAGAGGAACAAUUAAUCCCGCAGGAUAUUCCAGAUGGGCAUCGAGCCCCACCUCCUCUGGUGCAGCGCAGCAGCAGCACUCGCAGCAUCGAUACGCAGACUCCCGGUGGAGCAGAGAAGGGCAGUAACAACAGCAGCCGGUCCCAGUCCGUGUCCCCGAGUUCAUUUCUUGCCAUCUCCAAUGAGGGCAGUGAGGAGAACCCGUGUUCUGCUGAUGAUCUGCUUGUGGAUUCCAGAGAUAAAGAGAAUGGAAACAACUCUCCGCUGCCCAAAUACGCCACCUCACCAAAACCCAACAACAGCUACAUGUUCAAACGUGAACCUCCUGAAGGCUGUGAGAAGGUGAAAGUGUUUGAGGAAAGCUUGCCAAAACCCUUACAUGAAAUCCCACCUUUUUACUGUCCCGACAAGAACAAAGUAAACUUCAUUCCAAAAAGUGGUUCUGCUUUCUGCCUUGUCAGCAUCCUCAAGCCCCUUCUUCCCACCCAAGAUCUUACUCUCAAGGGUGCUAGUCACAAUCUGACCGUCACAUCUGCGAUGACACCUGCUUUGCUGCAGCCAAUUGCCAUGGCGUCCCUGUCUGCCAGCACAGACCAAGAUCGGCUCUCUCGCAGCUCAAGUAAAGUGAUACCACAGAUGUCCGUGUUCCAGCCGUCAGGACAUAGUGAAGAAGCUGAAGGAUAACCUCUACGACGUUACCUUCUGGGGGCAACCUUUUUGAAGUUAAUCGUGAUUUUAAGCCUUCCUAAUCGCAUCUGUUUGCGUCAUAAUUGCUGGCAAUUCCAUAAACCGCUAAACAGGUCAUGUUAGUAUCUUGAUCUCCAUGAUUGAUCACCUAGGUGUGAGAUCUAGGAAAGAGAGAUGGCAGCAUUUGUCUUGUGAAGGCUCAAGAUCAGUCCGUGGUCUGCACUUUUCAAAAGCUUUGGUACUAUAAAGAAUGAAGACACCCAUAAUGCUAUACAAUUGGAAGGACCAAUUUUUCUGACGCUUUGGGUCCCCAUUUGAACUCUUCCUUUUCCUUUCAAAACAAAGAACAGAAAUCGAGAAGUCUGACGUACCAGCUAUUCCCAGCAAAAUAUCUGCAAAGGGAAAACAAAUGACACUGUAAGAUCAUUAGUUUGUACAAAAAUGUUUUAUUUUCCAAUCUUGUGUUUUCUGAUGUGCACAGAGAACAGGCCGUCCCGUAACUUUGGGCCACAUCAUUCCCACUGUUGGGACCAAAGGACUGAGACUGUCCAGCAGUCUUGUCAUGUCACCAUGUUUUAAUUCCUUCUUCCAAAUAAGCCUAAUAUUCUUCAAACUGAAAAAAGAAAAAGGAAAAAAAAAAGGAAAGCAAUAUUGGUGUAUUGUGUGCAUUUGGUGGGGGGGGUGGGGCAGCGGGAGGUGGAUUAGCACUCGCAUUAGAACUGUUUGUCCGGGAAUAGCGUUUUAGAGCACUUCGGCCAGUCAUGUAACGGGUUGUUCCUCGUGUUGUGUUUCAGAACAAUUCGCCCCCCCUCUCUCCCCCCCCCAAAUGCCAAUUGACUGUCACAUCAGUGCCUCUUGGGAUGUCUUGGUUUCCUGUGUUGCUGUCGAAGUCUUGCCUCGCCUUUGGCCCAUACCUGAUCUGAUCAUGUCUCGCCACUGUACUUUAUAGGCUCUCAUCAUAUGACCUUGAAAUGGCCGUGCAUGUUUCUUCCCGCUUGUCCAAGUACUGUUUUGUGGGUCUGUUGAGGGUAAUAGUUUGCAAGGCAUGGUAUGUGUUAAAGCAGUUUAUCUUCAGUGGACAUAGUCUCCUUUCGGACUAGCAAUAUUGUUAAGCUAAGAACUUUUUGAUUCUUAGUAUUGGUCUUCAGAUACUUCCCACUUCUUUUCUUUUAUGUGCGUGUGAUUUUUUAAAUUACUGUAUCAUAGUCAAGAAACAGGAAGGAGUUUCUGUUGCUAGAUUGGCCUGCAAAUGGCGCCAAACUUCUCUGGAUACAAAAUUGUAUUUUCCUGAAUUUCAGUAGUCCAGCCUGAGCUAGUGCAACUCUAAUGGCUACUUCCAAUACC